AUGAAGGCUUGUGUCUGUGUCGACUACUUGUCGCAUGAAUGGUCCUCGACGGAUCUCAUUCAAGCUCACAGAGAACUUCAACGACAGAAAUCUAAAACCCAAUUCAACAUCAUCACAAAGCAACAUAAAGGCACUGCAAAGGAGUUAAAAAAGCUAUCCAUUGAACGCAACAAGCAGAUUCGAUAUCAAAAUGCAAUUUGGAGGCAAAUGGCUCGAUCUUGCACAAAAAAACUGAGUCAUUCAAACCAAAUGAUACAUCCAUCCACUGUGAAUUGGCAAAAAGAAUCUGAUGUUACAUGGUUAUAUGGACCAUUGUACAUGCCACCUGAUGAGCCAGCAACAUCAUCUGACAAAGAGACAAACACGCAUCCUUCACUAUCGUUCAAUACGAGCUUCUACUCGCCGAAUAAAACCCUCGCUUCGCUUAGACCAGUGCUAAAGAAAAACACAUCAACUUCAUCUAUUCUACUACAAAAAGACUAUUGGAGGAUAAAUGAUCGACAUUGGUCAAAAUGCGCUUCGGAAUCAGGCAAACAGAGCGUGCGAUUUAAUCCAGAUAUCACCGAAGUGAACUUCCUAUCAGAAACUCCUGUGAAAGAGUCUUUCAAAACAUGCUAUUUCAGCUUGGAUUCAGAUGGAGAAGAAGAAGACGAUCAGGAGGCAGAUGAUGAACUGUGGAAAGCUGUUUUACAGGUUGGCUCUUACAUCAAAUCUGCCUUGUUUUCAUCUCUCUUUGGCGGGUACUACCAAAAACAACAGCAACAGAGCACAACUGUGGCCAAAACGAGUAAAAAUAAGCAGGUUGUACAGUUCUGUAUGUCGAUAGUAUCUUUUACUGCUUGGUUGAUGUACCAAAGCUUCAUCACCAUCAUUAUACGCACAUUUGGCGUGAAAACAAAAAGUAAGCCUGCAACCAACACUAUCAAUUUGAAACCAAUUCACAUUUUGGACCGAAAAAAUAACAAUGCAAUACAUAUCUAG